AUGGGGCCCCAUGAACAGGACCCUCCGCCACCCAUGGGUCUUGGCACACGCAAAAGAGAGCACCUGCAGCCAAAACCCGCGCCGCCUGCUUUUUGUGGCUCUGUCAUGUCAUGCUCUGUGAAACAUUCUACAGGGGAACAUAUAAGACUUGACACCUGCAAGCUAGACGUCGCCUCGCAAUCUCAUUCGCAUUUGGAAGAACUACUUUACUAG